AUGGAGUCUCUUUGGCUGUACCUUGAGAGGGUCAAUACCUUCAUCGGCGCUUCAACAUUUGGGCGAGUCUUCCGACUCGAGGGCUGUGGACAUGAGAAAGAGAUCAAAAACUCACGGAUCACUACUGAGAUCCGUGCCGGCUUGACAACGUUCUUCACCAUGGCAUACGUCAUAUCUGUCAAUGCCUCGAUUCUAGCUGACACAGGCGGUAACUGCGUAUGCAACGAUGCUGUCGAUCCACUAUGUAUGAACAACGCUGAAUAUACAGUCUGCGUUCAAGAUCUGACCCGAUCACUUAUCACAGCAACUGCGGCUAUUGCAGGCUUCAGCUCCGUCUUGUUUGGUUUCCUUACCAAUAUGCCAGUUGCCCUCGCACCUGGUAUGGGCUUGAAUGCAUACUUCGCCUAUCAAGUCGUCGGCUACCACGGCAGUGGUAUUGUACCAUACAAACUCGCGCUUACAGCUGUCUUCAUCGAGGGCUUUAUCUUCAUCGGCCUGUCAUUGAUUGGUAUGCGGCAGUGGCUCGUCAAAGUCAUUCCAAAUUCACUCAAAAUUGCCACGGCCUGUGGUAUCGGACUUUUCCUUGCUUUGAUCGGCUUGAGCAACAAUGCUGGUAUUGGGGCGAUCAGCGGGGCUAAGAGUACACCACUGGAGAUUGCGGGUUGUGCGGAUCAGUACAAAGACGAGCUAGGUAUCUGUACGAGCCAUAAAAUGACAUCUCCAACACUGUGGAUCGGACUUCUGUGCGGUGGUAUUGUCACCUCCUAUCUGAUGAUGUUCAAGGUCAAAAGUGCCAUGAUUGUAGGCAUCUUGAUCGUUUCCAUAACCGCAUGGCCACGCGGCACCAAUGUGACCUACUUUCCUCACACUGAGGCCGGCGAUGACCGGUGGAACUACUUCAAAAAGGUUGCCUAUUUCCAUCCCAUCGACCACACACUGAACACAUUGGACUGGAAUGUUGGGCAACAUACCUCUCAAUUCGUCCUCGCUCUUUUCACAUUUCUUUACGUGGAUAUCAUUGACUGUACGGCUACAUUAUACGCACUGGCUCGGUUUUGUGGCGCAGUGGACCCAGAGGAUGGCGACUUUCCUCGGUCAACACUGGCCUAUUGUACAGAUGCUUUCUGUAUUUCUGUUGGCGCUCUUCUGGGUGUCUCCCCGGUCACAGCCUACAUUGAGUCUGGAGCUGGUAUUGCAGAGGGUGGCAAGACCGGCUUGACUGCGAUUACGACCGGUCUUUGCUUCAUUGUUUCUAUGUUCUUUGCUCCUAUCUUCGCAUCUAUUCCCCCGUGGGCAACAGGGAGCACACUCGUUAUUGUUGGGUGCUUGAUGAUGCGUCAAGUCGCAAACAUCAACUGGCGAUAUAUUGGAGAUGCCAUUCCCGCUUUCGUUACUCUCAUGUUCAUUCCGUUCAGCUACAGUGCAGCUUACGGUCUGAUUGCUGGUCUUAUGACCUAUACUGCACUCAAUGGCAUGGCUUAUCUCACUGAGCUAAUCUCUGGUGGCUGCAUUGUCCCUGACGAUGCAGAUGCUCGCGAGUACUGGUCCUUCAAACCACGUGGCGGAGGCCCUUGGUUCUUCAAGGCUGGAAAGGACCUUGCAGACCGUUUCAAUGGCGGUCGCAAAAAUGACGGCUCUUCGGUCAGAAGCGGCGCCUCAUCCUGGCACCACGAGAGGAUCGGAUCUAAAAGCUCCAACCGGGAAAUGCACACAAUGACCAUCAAGCCAAAUGACCCUACGGAUCCAAGACUCGAGAAGGUAUUGCGGAAGCUCUGA